AUGUCAGACGAAAAGGUGCGCGCGUCGCUCGACAAUGCCCGCGACCCCGCCCAGCCCGUGCUGCCCACCGUGAACCCCAACAUCAAGCGCGCCGAGCCACAGUCCGACUCGCUGCACCCUGCAGUGUACAUCGCGACAUGGAUUGCUCUCAGUUCCAGCGUCAUCAUAUUCAACAAGUACAUCCUGGACACGGCAAAGUUCCACUUCCCCAUCUUCCUCACGACAUGGCAUCUCGUUUUCGCGACCGUCAUGACGCAGCUCCUCGCACGCUUCACCACCAUCCUCGACUCACGGAAGAAGGUGCCCAUGACGGGCCGCGUGUACCUCCGCGCGAUUGUUCCCAUUGGUGUCUUCUUCAGUCUGAGUUUGAUCUGCGGUAACAAGGCAUACCUGUACCUGAGUGUUGCGUUCAUUCAGAUGCUCAAGGCCACCACACCUGUUGCUGUUUUGAUCACCACCUGGACUAUGGGCCUGCACCCACCCAACAUGAAGACUCUCGGCAACGUGUCCUUCAUUGUCAUCGGUGUCAUCAUUGCCUCGCUCGGUGAGAUCAAAUUCGUCAUGGUUGGCUUCCUCUUCCAGGUUGGCGGUAUCAUCUUUGAGGCGAUCCGCUUGUCCAUGGUCGAGCGUCUGCUUAGCGGCGGGGAGUUCAAGAUGGAUCCCUUGGUCUCGCUGUACUACUAUGCUCCGGCCUGCGCAGUCAUGAACGGCAUCAUCUGCUUGUUCACUGAGCUGCCCAUCUUGACCAUGGAUGACAUCAAUCGCGUUGGCGGUUUCACGCUCUUCGCCAACGCGUCGAUUGCAUUCAUGCUCAAUGUUUCAGUUGUAUUCCUGGUCGGCAAGACGUCGUCUUUGGUCCUCACCUUAUCUGGUGUGCUCAAGGACAUCCUCCUCGUCUUUGCGUCGAUCAUGCUCUUCCGCGACCCCGUCAGCUUGCUCCAGGCUUUUGGAUACAGCAUUGCCCUUGGUGGCCUGGUCUACUACAAGCUCGGUGGCCAGAAGAUGAAGGAUUAUCUCGGCCAGGGUUCGCUGGCCUGGGCGGAACUUGGUCAGACUCGUCCGAUCCUGCGCAAGCUCAUGAUCUUCGGUGGCGUUAUCAUCUCCUUCUUCCUCGUUAUUGGAUCUCUAGGCCCGAGAUAUGCCCCCGAUUCCGCCGAUAAGCUCUACAAUGGCAUUGGCAACAUGAUCGGAGACAAGCAGGUCUGA